ACAACGGCAGCGGGGGAAGUCGUAAACCGGCUGGCUCGGUGUGCAGUUCCCCCCCGAGCCGCCAGCCGCGCCACUCUCUCGCUUGCGGCCGGCCUGCACUCUUGACUCGAUGCGCUUUAACGGUUCUCUCACUCUGUGCACUCAGUGCAGUGGCAGUCGGCGACAGUAAUCGCUCUGCAAGUCGCGCGGCGUUAUCACCUUAUCAGUGUCCAGUCGCAAACUGCACCGGUCUCCUCAGUCGUCGACCGCGGACCCGCGGGCGAUGUUCUGAUCCGAUGGGCAACAGCUGCAUCGAGUUGGAUCUUUCCACGAGUCGCUCACGUCCUUCGUACACCCCGUCUCUCUCCAACAUGGGCGAGAGGAUCAACUCCAGCCCCAACCAGAACUCCCGCACCCCUCCGAACUGCGCGAGGUGCAGGAACCAUGAGGUCAUUCUGCCACUGAAGGGCCACAAACGCUACUGCAAGUUCAUGGACUGCAAAUGCGAGAAGUGUGAAUUGACGGCUGAGAGACAGAAAGUGAUGGCCCGUCAGACAGCCAUCAGGAGAGCUGAGGAACAAGAUCGACAGAGACUGAAGAGCGGUCUGCCACUGACCGUACAAUCGCCCCCACAUCGUCGCUCUCCCCCGCCGUCCCCAGAAAACUCCUGCUCUUCCAUCUCGGACACCUCCCCCCCUAAGGCGGCCCCUACUCGUGUUGUGGCCAGUAAGCCCAGGAGUAAUUCAUCCCCUAACAGCAGCCCAAGUGGCAAGGAGGUGUGGGACUCGAUCCUCCUGCUGCUGAACUGGUGUGGACUCCCUGUCAACACCACCCCUCUCUUGCACAUCAUCCUCAGCGAGAUCACCCCAGAUGCCAACGAGGUUUACUCCCGCUUUAAGGAGGCACAAGAGGAGCUGAGGAGAUCGUGUCCAAUCAAAGAUGAAGUGAGGCGAACCGUCUCCACGCCACUGGAACUCGGCAACAACUGGACAUUGUAUUAUCCACCACACGCCAUACCUCAGCCUACCGCACUCUAUAAACAACACCCCAGCCACUACCACUCCUCCCCCUCCCACCUAACUCUACCAAUCCACCGCUACCACCCUUACCAGAUGCUGCGUGGAAUAGACACCUUCGGCUAUCCGAUGUCCAUCCACGACAUACCGGGAGCCAGACCCGGCAUGGUUGUACCCACAGAGUACUGCUUCAGACCAGAGAAGCCCACGAGCCCUUCGAGUGUACAAUCGGACAAGUCCAGCUACUCUGGAUCCGUCGAUAUACAUACGUGAACACUUCACGAUCCCAUAAUUAUAUUCUACAUGUACUUUUAUGUGUUCAGUACUGGAACCAACCUUGCUUGAUCACUGCACUAUACCCCGAUCCUGGUCCUGAUCCUGAUCCUGACUAUCUCUGUACUAGUCAUACACGUGUCGUCAACACACUUUGUGUGCACACGUGAAGUUUCGUAUUUUUAAACAUCAUACGUGUUUUUUACAGUACUUAUACCCGAAUAUCUUUACGCUAGUAUAGUUUUGUGAUGUAAAAGGUGAAUGAAUUAUUAUAUCUCUAACUUAUAUCAGUACCUGAGUUGUUGCUUUUUGUUACAUUUAACUGAUUAGUAACUGGUGUAUCCACUAUUUCUGAUUGGCUUAGGGUUAUCUUAGUUACUGGAUGGCAGUGAGUGAAAUUAAAUAAUCGUUAAAUUCUUUGUGGUGUGAGAUGGCAAGACAAAAUUAUGUUUGUUCACUAGGCAGUCGUUAUCAAAUGAAAUUUCAAAAUAACAGAGUAGAAAAGGAUUUUCUUUAUAUUCUGUACUACCCUGUCUAAAAUUGUAACAAGGAAGUUUUGGCUAUUUCAGAUGCUUGCAAAAUAUUAUCAAACUUGGUACUGUUUCUCAAAGUGAAUCAACAUGAGUGUUUUUAACGUUAUUAGAGAUCCUAUACUGCUGUGUUUAGUGUUAAUUUUAAUUAAAUUCAGGCAUGAAUUAAAACAAAAUUAGUACAUGACACUUAUGUAUGUACACUGAAUUACUGACCAAGAAGAGUAUUUUACUAGGUACUUGUAUUUUACUUGAAAUAUAUCCAAUAGAUGCAACUGUUUUGCGAAUGUUAUAUUCAACUCCAUAUUAUUCACAAAUACAAUGUUUUAUUCACAAACACAAACUUUCUAAUUUUGUUUCAGCAAACUCUUAAACGAAUUCUGUCAAGAUUAAUAUUUGCUACAUUAUCGCAUUACAAUGAAAGAGUUUAUUUAUUUUAUUUACAUGUUUAUAACUGGUUGAUAAGCAAAAGUGAAUCUAUCGAUGUUGUCGUCCUCAUGGAAAAUUGAAGCUUCUUGUCAGCACAUAAACAUUGCAGUGUCUAGAACAGAAUUUGAACAUUGUGAUAGUGUUUUUCAUGCUAUUUAGGUUCUUAAACACAUUCAAUUGACUGUCAUCUCUACUGAAAAUUAUUUUAAAAUGUAAACAUUUCUAUAUUUAUAAAAGUCGGAUUUAGAAUAUUAGGUUAACGAUCUAUUAAUGUGUUAGACAUGCCAGGCACUCUAUUACACUAUUAUACGCUGAUUUAAGAUUUAGUUGUUUUUUUUUUCUAUUUGUAAAGAUGCGGAGCCCUCAUGGCGCGUUCAUUUUGUUUUGAUUUUAUUUAUCUACUUUUUUGUUCUUUUAGGACAAGAAGCUGAGAACCCGGUUAUUGCACUUAGUCCUAAAAGGACCUUUGCGCUGCUGACAGGAUAUUCAGGACGGGUAAGGUUGGAGAUUAGGGGCUUCCUUUCCUGCCGAGAUCCACGAGGAAGGAUUUUGAGCACUAAUUUCAGUCAUAUCACCUUGGAAGAAGGAAAGACCAUUUUACAUUCUUGUUGGGUUAUCCUCUCCAGUCAAAGCAGGCAGGGGUUGGCACGACCUUAUGUCUAGGCUAGCAACUGCCUUUAACACAGGGAGUCCCACCAAUCCCAACAGUCAUCUCCCACAGUAGACCUACACUUACACCUCAGAAUCUCGACAUUGCCGAUUAGCAAUGUGCUACUCCUGGACACAUUCAUAAGGUUGUCCAGAUAUAAGUGACGCAUGGUUUUAGCUUUACCCAGUGUAGGUUCAACUGGAAGGUAUAGACCAGCCAGGAGUAAACCCUCCUGGGGGGAGCCCGGGGAGUUAGCUCCCCUGAUUCCCUAAUACCGGCUCUGGCGAUAUUGAAGUUUUAAAAGUUCAAACCCAAUAAUUACGAAAUGCUAAAUUUAUCUUCAGCUAAGAAAAAGUGUUUAAAUAUUGUAAUAGAACAUCAUAUUUUAUUUUUUGAAGUUCUGAUUUUAUUUACAGGUAUUGUUGAAAAUAAUUAUUCAUUUUAUCUUUACAUACAAUUUUUUCCCGCUAUUUUUAAUAUAUUUAAAUAUUGUCAAAUUACAACAGAGGAUAUCGAUAUCCUUGAAGAACUGUUUUACUUGUAAUGUCUGAGAAAAAUGUUUGUUUCAUUUUAUGAGCAUUCCUAUUAUGUCAUUGCAUAUGCUGAUUUCGAAUUAUACAGUUGAAACUGACUGUAAUGACUUUAAAUUACAGUACUUAAAUACUUAUUGAAUGAAAGUCUACAAUAAGAAUGUGGAUGAAUGAAAAAGGUAUGGCAGCAACAACAAGGGUUCCGAAUAUGAAACGCUGUUUUGAAAGUAACCUGAAUAUACUAAUGCCUCUGCUACGAAGAAAUUAUAUAGUAAAUAUUUCGUAGCAAUAUCACCUUAUUAUUAAUGUAAAUCACUAUACUCUUAUGUAUUUUGCACUUACAUGGAAACUCGAUCAAAUUAUAAUAAUUUGUGUAUUUGUUAGUAUUUAGAUAUAUUAAUACUAAGUAAUUUGGUUUAGAAAUUAUACACUACCACACGUGUCAUACUUACUUCUGUGUUAUUAAUAUCGUUAUAGUAAUAGUUAGUAUUACAUGUUUUUGUUAGUAUUAAGAUUUAUAAUACUUUUGUAAAAAGUGUAAAUAUAAAUUGCUUAUUAUUGUUAAAGUUCAUCAAUAUAUGAGUGUAAUACAAACAAUACUAUUGAAAUAAUUGUUUUAACGGUUAGGUAAAAACACUACUGUAUUUUAUAUUAUCCAACUUGGUAGCUGUAAAAGUAGCUUUUUAUAUGUCCCUGCAGAAAAUACAGAACUUUCAAUUCUCUUACUCAAAAACAACUUGUAAUAUAUUUGUUUAGGAUUUAGAAGCAUUAUAUAUUUCAUACACUGUUGUGAAAACUGCACAAACUAUACUUGAUUUCGUUGAGACAGAAAUGAGUUUUUUACUGAUUAUUAUUAAAUUAAAGACCUAUGUUAAAAUGUAAAUGCAGCAUUAUUUUGAAAAAAACUGUUUUGUUUGAAAUGAUUUUCGUCUACUUUGUUAUGUAGUUCAAACUUGUGUAGUAAACAACAAGACCACCGCAGAUUAAAUAUAAAACUACAGAACUGAAAUUGUUUGAGUGUUUUCUGAUUAAAAUAAGUUUUCAUCGCUCAGUCUAACAGGGACUUUUUUGUUACUUGAGCAAGAUUUUGAGAGUUUUUAACUAAACAAAAUGUCCUUUUUAAAAUCCCUAGAGCUUUUAUGAUCGUAAAUAGUUCCAGCAGAAAUUUAAGAUUCAUUUUCACCUCAGGCAAAUUGUAAUGAAGUGAAUCAGUGCAAUAAACAUAACGAAAUUUACUAAAACUCUCGUAAACAUUUAGCACUUGGAACUGAAAUAAAAAAAUACAUUACUUUAUUCCUCCCAAUAUUAAAAAAUGUGUUGCAAUAACAAAUCAAACCCUUUAUUCUUAAACGCAAACAAUGUCACAUUACACGUCAAGUAAUCAAAACUAAUACUUAACCAAACAAAAUCUUGCAGACACCAAUAUUAAUAUUUGACGAAAAAGUUUGUUUGAUGUUUUUUAAACUUUUUUUGUAACGUAUUUUGUUUGCUUCAAGUUUGUAAUAACAUUAUUGUUAAAAACCUUACCAAUCAGAGUAUGACUAUUCUCAAACUUGCUGGUACUGUGUCCAGAGGUAGCUAUCGUGUCUCUAGACCUUGUUGAUGCACAUGAUUAUUGCCAUCGAUUACAAAAUUCGGAUGAGCUAUUUUUUUUUACAAAAGUACAUAAGCGCAGGACUCAAACCUUCUCCAUCCUGUUACGAGUAAUGUCAACAACAGUUUCUGAAGUACAAAUAAUCUUUACUAAAAUUCACCAUGCUGGCUGGGUUCCAAAAUAUAUCAACUCAUGCUCUAAUAUUGGAAUAGACGUAAAACUUCUUUGUUGCAUAUCCUGGCGAGACGGUUUAGGCAAAUCCCAUGAUUCGAACUUUUCCACGUGACCGAUCCAGCUGGGUCUAUUAUCGAAAUACAGAGCCCGACAUUUAGCUUAAGUUUCUGUUUGGCCACUUCGUUUUUCAGUCUGACAGAUACUGAAAGUGAGUUGAAUUGGUCGUAUAGGCGCCGUACUGAAUAAUCUUAGUUUUUCUGGUGUUUAACUAAAGUAGAUUUCAAUUAAACCAUUUGUUCAGAGUGUGCAAAUGUGGGGGAACCCCAAAAGACCAAUGUGAAAAUGUUCGAGCUUUAUAAUGAUAUGUAAUGACUGUUAGCUCUUCCUUGGAUACAGAAGAGCCUAUGGUCAAGAUUCUAGGAACUUUCUGUCAAAAUUUAUUGUAUGGAUGAAGAGACAGUCAGACGGACAGACAGCAACACAAUCUUAACAAAGACCUACCGGGACCUUAAUAAUGAAACAAAUAGCGUAACACACUGUAACAAUUGAUGUUACACCAUUCUGGUCUCAUAAAAUGGAUGCGCUCUUCUUAAAAGGAAUCCGAUUCACUUUUUUUAUAUUUAAAACAUUGAAAUCGCAUAGAAUAAAUAAUAAUAUUUUUGUCACCAACUCUAUCUCAGAGACCACUAAACAAAUUACCUGUUAAAUAAUUUCAAAUUCAACCACACAAAUCCCGAAUUCUGCAGCACCAUGCGUCAUAAAAUCUCUCAAAAACAUUCUGUUAUCCCAUAUAGGUUCUCAGAACUGGUAAGGUAAUACACUGAAAACUGGUUUGCACUCAGACUUGGAGCUCCAAACUCACUAGCAUUCGCAAUUCAAUGUGCUCCGGAAGUGAUUCUGGAAGGUAUAUAUUCAAUAGCCCAUCACUUAUGUCCGGAAUACUUGUAAUGCAAUUCAAAUAUUUGAAAGUGAUUCAGCAGAAUAUGCUAUUUCAUUUUUCAGUGACCAUCAUUUGUGCCAGGAAUACUUUCAGGACGCCAUUCAAUGAUUCGGAAAUGAUUCCGUGGAUUGUAAUCUUUCAAUGACUAUAGAUUGUCUCAGAAAUCCUUGUAACGGUAUUAAAAAAGGAUUUUACCAAGACACCAUUGUUAUCAUGCGGAAAAAUAAUGAGCAUAAAUAUAAGUUAGUAGUAUAUACAUAACGAAGCUACGUUGGAAGGGUUGAUUCAAUGAGAAUGUUGAGUUCAAUGCCUUCAAUUGAUUAAUUGAUCUCAAGAAUCCGUCUUGUUGAUUCAAUCAUUAAUCUGUUCAGAGGGACGUUGAUUCCAGAUUCCAGGAGUCAAGUCUGUCACAGUGUCAGAUUCAGACGCUGCACAAAGCGGAAGGUGAACUGGAGCUGAACUCAACAUUCACAUAGUAAGUAGUAUGUUUGAGAAUUUGCCCCAAACGUCUCUUAACUCCAGAAAGAAUUUGGCCCAACUACUCAACGAUUUUACUUUUCUGGUGUGAGAAGGUUUGACACGCUAAACACACACACACACACACACACACACACACACACACACACACACACACACACACACACACAUACCGAUUAUUAAAUUUUCAUUUUCAUGUUAUGUUUUCGUCUAACACAGAAGACGCUCGGCUAAAACUAAACUUCCGGUAUUGUAACACAAUAUUUAGGUACAAUUUGCUUUCCAUAGAAGUGUAUUUAUUGAGUCGGAAGUUCUUCUGCAAGUAACUAUCAGGACUGUAUUCAAUGGAAUGCUGCAUCCGUUGAUUCAAUGGAAAUCAACAAAUCGAUUUACCUUAUUGCAAAUGGAUUUAUCGUAAAUAAUUUCACAAUGAAUUCUUCCAAAAAUCGUUUUUAGGACAAUCCGUUUUAUUCCAUAUCCGAAGGCAAUCAUGAUGCUCGAACAAACUGCAAUCACGCACAAGGCCUGAGAUAGGCACCGUAAACACUAACUUCCGGUUAACAGGUUAACAGUGCCACUUCCUGAAGUAAUAGGCUGUUCGAACAUAAGCUUACUCCGAUCACGGAAGGGCCUAUCAUUGUGACUAAUAUGGGUUCAAAUUAUAAGGAGCCCUGAACAUUUUUUACUUAGACAGAUUUUACAGAUGUAAAUCUCAAGAUUACAUACUUAGUUGUAGUAUGCUUAAUAUUUGGUUUCCUUACUUCCCAUACUGUUUUCUCUCAAUUUGUUGAGAUAAUUUUCAUUACCAGCUGAAGAUAUAAGUUUUAUGAAUGUUGAACUAUUUUGUUUGUAAGCCUACUUAUUUGGUCUAGCAAUUUAUUUUAUGUGCUCCGAAAAACGAUCUAUGAUUUACUUUCCAUGGUUCCACAAUAGUAUAAUGGACAUUGAACAUAAUUUCACUACUCCAAGUCUAUGCAUUCAAAAUCCAUUACCGAAACAAUUCGGUCUUUUUCUCUUCAUUGUUUUAUUAGUUGGAUUAUAUUCACAUAAGAUAAAAAUGAAUAUGUUGUACUAGUUUAACAUUAAAAUCGGUGAUCUUCAUCUUGUUAUUGAAAAAUAUUUAAAUUAUUCUUUCUACUAAUGUACAUUAACACAUGACACCUUAAAGCAUAUUGGGUCGUAAAGUUUCCUUCCCUUUACAUUAAAUUACAAUAUUUACUUUGUUGUCAAUUACAUUGUAUUUUUAGAGUUUGGUUGUGCAAUUUGAACAGAAUUAUCUAAAUUGAACUCAAUUUCCACAAUGGUGGAUUUUCAUAUACAGUAUUUGAAAUGUAUGAUUGACUCUGGAAUAGAUUAAUUUCUCCUUACCAUAAAAGUAAGUCCUCUCCGAAACUUUAGCAUAUUAAUGUAUAAAUUUUGUCUAACUAUUCUACCCUUAGUGUUUGUAAAACACAUUAAUUUGCCAACUUUUUUCAAAACACACGUUUAUACUUCUUUCAUUUUUCAAACUAUAUUCAUAAACUACCCAAACUGUUUAUGAGUAAUUUUUCGCCAAUUUGAAACAGUAUAUAAGUUACUAUUUUAUUAUACCGAUUAAAAUUAGCAAGAAAACUGUAUCGUUGUGUAGAAAGGAGAUAAAUGUGUUAACACAUUGUAAACCGUACUGCAAGUAGUCUAAGAACCCAAUGUGAAGAUUUACAGACACCUCGUAUAUCGUUGUCUGUUUGAUGAACUCUAACCUUUUGACUGGUAGUUUUAAGGUUUAUAACAUUUUUAUUUACUUGUUUGUAUAAUACAAUGCAAUGUAUUUUUAUGAGCAUUAUUAUGCCCGUAUUGUUUAUCACACGAGUUUCUUGUUCUGGCAAUUUACUGUGUAGUUGUAUCUUUAAGUUAUGAAACAUGAUUAUGUAUAUAAAUUUAUGAAUAUUCGUGAGCUGUUGAAGAGUGUUGAAUUUAAAAGUAGUUGUAUGUGGGAAAUUUGUCGUUGAAAACGUAGACUUACCACAGAUAAUCAACUAAUUGUUACCUAGUAAGGACUCAUUCCGUGUAGCAUUGUAUUUUGUAAGCUGUAUAAACUAUUGUAUAAUGCUUGAUUCUUUGGUAGGUGUUAAGUUAAGGAUGACUUGUCAGUGUGGUGAAUAACAACGGGUCAGUGAAGGCCAGCGAUCACAAGUUAUUGCGUUAUUGCGGUGCUCUCGACUGUGUUCAAGCGAACUGUUAUUCAGUGAACCCUGUGUCCCCGAAUAUAUGUUGUAUCGCUGUUCUGUGUAAUGUAUUAUGUGUGAUAUCAAUCAAAUAAAAUAUUUUGAUGUUUUAUUAAAUAUUUUUUUUACAGUA